UAUGGUAAGCCAAAUUUCGAGAAAGAUGCCGUACUUGCGCUGCCAUUUUUUCACAAUCUCAAGGUGCUCAAACUGGAUGGUUUUGAGUCUCGAAAAAGUGCUGGACGAGGUUGUGCUCAUCGUAUAGAAAUUCCACCGAUCAGACAAUUGCGUAAAUUGGAGGUGUUCGAAAUGCAAUGCAAAUCGGAUAGUUUAUUCCGAAUUCUUUGCUCAAUGCACGAAACACAAACCAUUCUUCCGCAUUUGAAACGGGUCAAUCUCGGUGUGAAGCAUUGUGCAGCCGCUUAUCCAGAACUAUUGAUUUGGUUCCUGCGAACUCAUCGCUCCUUAGAAUGUGUUCACAUUUAUAAUGCACUCUUCGCAACUUCUGAUCAACUUCGACGAUUCUAUAAUGCGUUGAUGUUAUUACCAUUCUUGGUUGAACUGAAUUUGUCGACGUGUACGUCAUGCGAUCGAGUUGAUCAUACGAUGCAGGCGCAGUUCUCGAAAGCCAUGCAAGCGAAAGGCAUUCGUCAGGAGGGAAUCGUUCGAAGUUUACGAUUCGAUCCGGAUAGCAAUCACUGA